AAACUUUUUUUUAAAAUUUUUCAUAUUUUUUCUAAUAACCAAACACCUUCAGGCCCCCCAACUUUUUCACUUUUGCGUUCUGUCCACUGAGGCAAAAAGACCGCCGCAAUGCUUAACAUCUUCCUUCACGUGCAUGAUGCUAUGCUUAAUAUCUUUAUUCAUGUUACAGACCGUCUUUAGCGCAAGCGACAAAGAAUUUGAUGGUUGGUAUCUCAGGUUUUAAGUUCGAAUUUUAGUUGGUUUAUAUUUUCAGCUAAGUUUAUUUUUUUUUAAAAAAAAAACUAAGCGAGUUUCGUCUUAUCUUUCUCUCGAAAAAUAAAAAAUCUUUAUUCAUGCAUAUGAGGAGAUGCGCGGGGAGGUAAGAAAUAAGUGAUGAUGAUGUGAACUGGCUACAGACGAUUAAUCUAACAUGAAAUGGUUCAGAAAUAAACUUAAUGAUAAAAUUUUGUUGAAGAUUUUAUUAAUUUGGAUGUGAACUAAUCAAAUCAUAUUGGCUUUCGAAAGUUUAGCACUAAUGACCGAAAUUAGGCGUAAAUUACUAAAAAAAUUGAAUGUUCGAGGAUUGCGAUGUUCUUCGAACAAAGUUGGGGAGCUGUUUAAAGUUUGGGAGCUGUUUAUGUGCAUUUUUUGUUAUAGAAAAAAGGAUCUAAAUCUUUAAUUUAAUUUCAAAAAUUACCAAAAAUCAUAAUAUUUAAAACGUGAGGGGCCUCUGUACAAUUAUUCUCCCCAUAUAAUAAUGAGCUAAAGUAAUAAUGAGCUAAAGAUCUCUCUCUCUCUCUCUCUCUCACGAGCAUUUGGUCGAACACUUCGCGUUCGAUGCGUUUUCUUGUAAAGUGUUUGGGCGCCCGCGCCGUCGCGCUCUCUCCUCCCCUUCGGAUUCGAAUCCCCCGCCCCUUCUCUCUCCCCUUCCUCACCACCUGCCAAUCCCCUCUCCCGGAGGAGUCCUCGACGGAGCCCUCCUCCUCCGCCGCCGCCGCCGCCGACGACGGCGACAAGGAGCUCGGCGGAGGAGUAGAUUCCUUGUCGGCGAGGGUGGAGAUGCUGCGGCGUGGGGAGUCGGUGGUGGGCGCGUUCCAGAGCUGGAUGGGCGAGGGCUCCCCCGUCCACCGCGGCCACGUCUUCCACGCCAUCAACCGCCUCCGCAAGCGCGGCAUGAACCGCAGAGCCCUCGAGGUUAUGGAGUGGGUGAUGAGGGAGAGACCCUACAAGCUUACGGAGCUCGAUUACUCGUAUCUCUUAGAGUUCACCGCCAAGCUUCAUGGCAUGUCGCAGGGCGAGAGCCUCUUCCUCCGCAUCCCUCACGAGUAUCAGAACCAAUUGCUCUACAACAACCUGGUCAUGGCCAGCUUGGACAGGGGCUUGAUCAAGCUCUCAUAUGGUUACAUGAGAAAGAUGCGGGAGUUGGCGUUUCCUAUCUCGCCGUACGUAUACAACCGCUUGAUAGUCCUACAUUCGUCGCCGGGGCGAAGGAAAACUAUCCCUAAAAUACUCAGGCAAAUGAAGGCCGACGGCGUCUCCCCGCACACAUCCACUUACAACAUUCUUUUGAAAGUACAAGCGAAAGAACAUAACAUCGACGGCAUGUCGAAGGUUUUCGACGACAUGAAAGGGGCCAGCGUCGAACCAAAUGAAAUAACUUACGGCAUAUUGGCGAUCGCCCACGCUGUCGCGAGGCUAUACACGGUUUCUCGGACAUAUAUAGAAGCCAUCGAACAAUCGAAAACAGGUAAUAACUGGUCGACGUUGGAUAUUUUACUUAUUCUGUAUGGUUAUCAUGGUAAGGAGAAAGAGCUCGAGAGCACUUGGAAGUUGGUGCAAGAGCUCCCUCAUGUCACAUCCAAAAGCCUUUUACUCGCGAUUGAAGCUUUUGGACGGGUUGGAUCGAUUUCUAGGGCAGAGGAAAUAUGGGCAGAGUUGAAAGCAAGAGGGAAAUUAGGGUCUGCAAAAUACUUUAAUUCUAUUAUAUCUGCGUAUUCGCGACACGGUCGUGUCGAAAAAGCAUCUGAAGUUUAUAAAGAGAUGGAAGCAAACGGGUGCAAGCCGAAUGCUAUAACUUAUCGCCACCUGGCGUUGGGUUGCUUAAAAGCCGGGCUUGUCGGGGAAGCAGUUGAAACGAUGAAUAGGGGGAAAGACGAAGCUGUAGUACUCAAGGUAAGGAGAUCUACGCCGUGGUUGGAGACUACUUUUAUGUUACUUGAAGCUUUUGCAGAGAUCGGCGACGUGGAAGCUUCGAAAAAGCUAUUUGAGGAGCUGAAGGAGUCGAAGUAUUGUAGGUAUCCUUUUGUCUUCAAUGCCCUCUUAAAGGCUUAUGUGAAGGCCAAAGUUUAUGAGCCGGAAUUGUUGAAUAAGAUGAUUCUGGGAGGGGCGAGGCCUGAUGCUGAGACGUACAGCCUUGUGAGGCUUGUAGAGCAGUUCAAAGAUGAUCGAAAAGAACGACGAUCGGUAGAGGCGAAGAAGGAACUUAGAGUGAGAAAACAAAGACAGAGCUGAAUAUAAGAGGUUUCAGUAGAAGUUUGGAUUUUGUUGCUAGGAUUCAGCGAAAAUAGUUGGACACAACGCGAGCAUUGCAUCUUUGCAUCAAAAAUAUGGUGGCAUUAUCAAAGGCGGAGCACGCUGCGGGCGGCCAGAAAGUGCAAUGAAAAAAUAUUUAGUUUGUUUACUGAAGUGAUAACCCAUCGCACAAAUCGCAUGCUUUGGUCUGAUUUCCUGCAGUACCGCCAGAAAAAAAAAAAAGAAGAAAGCCUUUGGCGGCCCUCAUUCAUCUGAGCGGAGAGGCGACGAGGUGGAUCAUAUCAUCUAUCGGGUGUUACAGUUAUCGCGCGUCGCAUAUUUACGUAUAGCUGAAACUAUAGAAGAACCAUGAGACACAUUUUCUCGAAAUCUGUGUGAUUUCUAAAAGUGGGAGAGCUACAAGCAGUACAAAAAAGGGGCUUUCCUGUCACACAAACUCACUAUAAGUGGUUUCUUGGUUUCUACCACUCCACCUUCUCCCUCAGAGGGAAGUGUUAAUUGUAGGGGUUUUUUUUUUCUUUUUUUUUUUUUCUAAAUUUUAGUUUAUGGUCUUUUGUAUCUGGUUAAGGCAAUAGCUGAGUGGAUAUGAGUGAUUUGUUUCACUAAAGAAGGAUGUAGGUGUUGGUUUUCUUUUCUUUUCUUUUCUUUUCUCUUUUCUUAAUCUUUCUUUGGUUAUGCCUAAUCGGUGAUUAUAUCAGAAUGUCAAAGUUAAGAGAGUUUCAA